UCCCCAGCCCACUGAUCCUAAUAUGGAAUGCAGCAGGAAACCCAUGAUUUCCUGACACUCGGCAAGCUGGAGGAAGCAAGGGGAAAACUCCAUUAAAAAGCCCAGCUUCCCUCCAUGUUAGAUGUGAAGUGGAAAAUGGGGAAGAUUCAGCAAAAUUCCACCGUGUCUUCAGCCAGGCUGGAGAGGGGGAGAGCAGAGUGAAACCCUCAGGCUGUUGAAAUUUCCAAACUUCCAGGAAGCCUCUAAAACUCAGUGAAAAUGAGGGUUUCUGAACUCAAUCUGAUAGGGAAACGUAACAGACCCUUUUAAGAAUUCUCCCAAGUGUGUGUUACCUUUCUUCACCAGCAUGGGAAGUGAGAGGGCACGUGCCAGCUGCCUCGGACAAGUCUGCAUGGUCCCAGGUACCCAAAGUAAGGCAAAGUGAUCUCAGCCUGGCUCUGGCUUCCCAGCGUUUCACGGGCUUUGGGAGAAGCAGGAGACUCAGCAACAGCAGCAGCACAAUCACAGCAGCUGGAGCCGCAAGAAUGAACUGCAAGGAGGGAAAUGACAGCAGCUGCAGCUGCGGUGGCAGCGAGGAGAAGAAGAUGUUGAAGUGUGUGGUGGUCGGGGACGGCGCUGUGGGAAAAACCUGCCUGCUGAUGAGCUAUGCCAAUGAUGCCUUCCCAGAGGAGUAUGUGCCCACCGUGUUUGAUCACUAUGCAGUUACCGUGACGGUGGGAGGCAAGCAACACUUGCUCGGACUGUAUGACACCGCAGGACAGGAGGACUACAACCAGCUGAGGCCUCUCUCCUACCCCAACACUGAUGUGUUUUUGAUCUGCUUCUCGGUCGUCAAUCCUGCCUCUUACCACAAUGUCCAGGAGGAGUGGGUCCCGGAGCUGAAGGACUGCAUGCCUCAUGUGCCUUACGUCCUCAUAGGAACCCAGGUUAGAAAAAAGAUUGAUCUCCGUGAUGACCCCAAAACCUUGGCCCGUUUGCUGUACAUGAAAGAAAAACCUCUCACUUACGAGCAUGGUGUGAAGCUUGCAAAAGCGAUCGGAGCACAGUGCUACUUGGAAUGCUCGGCCCUGACCCAGAAAGGCCUCAAAGCGGUGUUCGAUGAAGCAAUCCUCACCAUUUUCCACCCGAAGAAAAAGAAGAAACACUGCUCCGCGUGUCACGGCUGCUGCUCAGUUAUCUGAGGUGGCUAGAGACCCACCUCCACCCCAUCUACAGGGGAGAAUGGCAGCCAGCUUCCACAACCAAGUUCAAGCCAAUCAGGAGGACAUGACCAGAGAGGACGUCCUUCUCUGCCCCGUGAGCACCCCAAGCACAGCCCACUAGCCAGCCAACUGCCUCGUCCUCCCCACCAGCCAGAAGCAUCCACAUUGCACACUCUGCGAGAAUGCUGAACCGGGGUUUCAGCCAGUGCCGCUGCUGACACGUUGGAAACAAAGUCAAAGCCUCUCUUGCAUCUGUCCCGCCCAUGAACGUGAGGAUGAUAGGAAAUCGUCACAGGAAAACUAAAGGAGGCACUGGGUUCCUGUACUGGUAGCCUUACUUGAUGACUUUUACAAAACACGGGAAAACAAUACUACCCUCUUUUUCUGCAUCUGCUAUUCUUCCUAUGUGUCUUACAUUCAUAUGUAUUAUUUUAAGAAAUUUACUAAUUUCCCAGUUUACUCACGCCUUACAAAUCCAUACUAAAUUAGUUUAACAUGUUUUAUAUUCAUUUCUAUUUUCAGCCUGUUUCUACCAAAGCUAUUAGAACCAACUUGUACCUCUGAAUGCCUGACUAGAAGAUAUAAGAAAAUGUUAGAAUUUUUGGAAACUGCAGAGCCAUGGAUGGUUUUUGAACCCAGUUGAAAGAAAACGCUAUCUGAACUGUUGCAGGUUACAUUUUUGCCAAAGAUUCACCCUAGAAAUUCUCACGUUGAUAAGUAGCCUUAUUUUUUCUGUAUUUUAUAUUGUCAUGGUAAAUUAGGAAUGAACUGUGUUUAAUAAAGUUGUAUUUUUGCUUUUCAAUCAAA